UCUUUAUCAAUGAGUUCUAGAUGUUCUAGAUACGCUAGUGGUUCGCAUGCACUCCCAUCAUAAGAUUAUUAUUUCCUCUGAAUUCAAUUGUGUGCAGAAGGGCUGUUAGCAGUACGAGUUUGUGUUUGUGAUUAAUUUAAAUGAAUUAUGAUAUCCAGCAAUAACAGUUAAUGAUAAAUGCUACAUUUUCACUUGCAGGCAAGAACAUAAGUUACUGCAAUACCUGGUCAAGGAAAUAUAUUAAGGAUGGCACUUCCACCAGAAUAUGAUAAACCGCCUCCCUACUCUCAACAAGCUCCAGGUUAUCCACAAAGUGCCAGUGGACUUGGUCAGUUCCCACCGGGUUAUCAGCCAUAUCAAGGGCCUUUAGCACCUUCACAAACAGGCUAUGCUCCUACAUAUGGUACCACAACAAUUACAGUCCAUCCACAAGAAAUCAUCAUAGUUGGUGCUUGUCCAGCAUGCAGGGUGGGCGUCCUAGAAGAUGAUUUUACUUGUCUUGGAAUAUUUUGCGCAAUUUUCUUUUUUCCUCUUGGAAUUCUGUGCUGCCUAGCUCUGAAGAACAGACGGUGUUCCAACUGUGGGGCAUACUUUGGCUAAUUACUUGCAAGGUCAAAUGAGGCUUAACAGUAACAUCUUUACAUUCAUAAGUUGGUCAUAAGAAGUCACGUGUUGGAAUACUGUGUUACUAUUGCCUGAUUAAGUGGCUACAUCUGUGAUAGAUUAAGGAACAGAAAGAAGCUAGGAGACGCAGGUAUCUUCAAGGAACAUGCAAAAAACUGUUCUUGAUGUUUAAAGCAGCUGUUCUAUUAACCAUGGAGUAAAUUAUAUCUUAUCGGACCUGUUGAUAAAUAUAGGUAGACACGUACAGUUAAUUCUUCCUCUGCUCCUUAAAAUAGCUUCAGUUCUAAUUUUACUCUGUGCAGAUUGAAACUCUAUGCUUGUUCAUUGUUGAUGCACUACCACAAAUAUAACUUAUGCAUAUAUGAUAUAUUUGACCUGUAUCUCAACAUUCAUCACUUUCUGAUAUAUUUUUUAUAGAAAUGAGAAAAGUGUUCCCUUUUUCAUUUUUAUUCACAGCCACAAAAAAUGGAGAAUAAUAUCAACACAUAUUUCCAAUAGAAAUUAAUUGUUAAGGCAUAUCAUCAACAGUCCUCUCUAUGGAAAAAUUAAUCACUCUUGCAGGAAUACAAAUAAAAUAAUCUGCACAUGAAAUUCAUGAUGCUCAGACCUCUUCAACAGUGGGUUAACAUUUUUCUCCAUUGCACAGUAAUGGAUAAGUUAAAUGUAUUUUUGCUGAGUUGUUUUUGUUUAGCAUCAGAAAUGUCUUUUAGGCAAUGAAGUUAUAGAAACAUAUUAUGAUGUAUUUAAAUGUUUUAUGUUUCCUGGAAUAAGUUAUAUAAUAAUGUUGAAGAUAUUGAUAUUAAGAUAUUAUAUAAAACAAAUAUUGUUGGGUGUACUAAUGAGAAUAUCACUUGGUGAAUAAACUUAUUUCAUAAUGAA